GCUGGUCCGCCCCCUUCCGGGACAGUCGGAAGUGCCGAGACUCCAGGCAGAAGGGCUUCCGGCAGGUCUGCCCGGUCACCGGGCAUCACCAUGGCGGCCUCUUUGGCCGGGAAAAAAAUCGUGUUUGUCACAGGGAACGCCAAAAAGCUGGAGGAGGUCAUUCAGAUUCUAGGAGAGAAGUUUCCGUGCACUUUGGUGGCACAGAAAAUUGACUUGCCAGAGUACCAGGGAGAGCCUGAUGAGAUUUCCAUACAGAAGUGUCAGGAGGCAGCUCGCCAGGUACAGGGGCCUGUUCUAGUAGAGGACACCUGUCUGUGCUUCAAUGCCCUUGGAGGCCUCCCUGGUCCUUACAUCAAGUGGUUUCUGGAGAAAUUAAAGCCUGAAGGUCUCCACCAGCUCCUGGCCGGAUUCGAGGACAAGUCCGCCUAUGCACUCUGCACGUUCGCGCUCAGCACCGGGGACCCGGGCGCACCAGUGCAUCUGUUCCGGGGCCGGACCUCGGGCCGGAUUGUGGUACCCCGAGGCUGCCGGGACUUUGGCUGGGACCCCUGCUUUCAGCCUGAUGGAUAUGAGCAGACGUAUGCCGAGAUGCCCAAGGCUGAGAAAAAUGCCAUCUCCCAUCGCUUCCGGGCUCUGCGAGAGCUACAAGAACACUUCUGCAGCCUGACCCCUCCUGGGGCUAGUGACGACCACUCUGGCUGGGGGUCUGGGGAGGGCUAGCCUGGAACCUCACCCACGGAGCAGACACCCCUCCAAAUGUUUCCCUCACUGCUACUUCCUGGAGAUGUGGAGACAGCCUCACUGGCCCUCUGGAGGGCAGCUGGCUCUGCCUGGAGAAGCGCUGGGCAGGAACACCAUUCUCUUGCCCUUGGGGUUUCAGUGGUCUCCCCUGCAGUCUCCAGGCCUGGGAUUUAAAAAGGUCUUUGGGAGUUAAACUAGCCAUGGCAGGAUUGAGGGUUUGGGGAAGAACCAAACUACAGCUCUUCAUGUUUUUGAAAUGCAGCAAAUAAAAGUACGGGAAGACACUUGCUUCCAAAAUAAA